GUUUGAUGCCCGUUCGAGGUGAAGACCAAUCUUUGAGUAUAUAAGUACGAUUGAGUUAGAAGUUUUAUAGGGACUUUCCGGGUCAAAUCAAUUGUCAAAGACUUUUCGGUUGUGCGGUGAUUUUUAUGAAGUGACACAAAGACGCUGUUGGCGCAAUGACUGUUACCGGAAAUUUUGGAAUUAUGCACAGGCCAUGUUUUUCAGGGUAUCCAUUUCAAGGACAAGGAAGAGUUAAUCAACUAGGGGGUGUUUUCAUUAACGGGAGACCACUUCCAAAUCACAUAAGGCUGAAAAUAGUAGAAAUGGCUGCAGCGGGUGUAAGACCUUGUGUUAUUUCACGACAACUGAGGGUGUCACACGGCUGUGUCAGCAAAAUUUUGAAUAGAUAUCAGGAGACCGGUUCUAUUCGUCCUGGUGUUAUAGGCGGUUCCAAGCCUCGAGUGGCUACUCCAGAGGUGGAAAGCAGAAUAGAACAAUAUAAACGAGAAAACCCGUCCAUUUUCAGCUGGGAAAUUAGAGACCGGUUGGUGAAGGAAGGCAUAUGCGAUAGAAGUACAGCUCCAAGUGUUUCUGCGAUAUCUAGAUUGUUAAGAGGAAAAGGAGAUUAUGAAGGAGACGAUAAGUCCAGUGACAACGAAGGAGGCUCAGACUGUGAAAGUGAACCAGGGAUUCCCCUAAAACGAAAACAACGUCGAUCUAGAACUACCUUCACCGCCCAUCAACUAGAUGAGUUGGAAAAAGCUUUUGAAAGAACCCAGUACCCGGAUAUAUACACCAGGGAGGAGCUAGCCCAAAGAACUAAACUCACGGAAGCCAGAAUACAGGUAUGGUUCAGUAACAGAAGAGCCAGAUUAAGAAAACAACUGUCAUCCACAUCAUCGUCCUCGUAUGCACCUUUAGGUGUAGUAGGAGGACCAUAUAGUGCUCCCACUACUCCAUACGCCUCGUCUUUGGGACAAGGUUUGGGUGAUAGUACUUUCCCAAGCUCAGGAACUACUGCUUCAGGUACUAGUCAAAUGACUGAUCUGUAUCCUAAUCAUACAGGACACUCCGCGUCCCCCAAUUUGCCUAUGUCAGACGUCAAAUGGGAGCAUUCAAUUCCCCACAACCCAUACACCCAUCCGAUCUACUCAUCGUCAAAUCUGAUGCCGAUAUCCCAAGGGCUGACUCCUCCCAUUAGUCUAUCGUCUAAUGUUCAACCAAGCACUUCUCCUAGCAUGGCCACCAACACUCUCCAAUCCUUGCCUCAACAGACUGAAAUGGGAGAUUACAAGGAUGGAAACGACAAUACCAUUCAUCAUUCAACAAGCCCUUCUAUUGGACAAAGCUAUAGCAAUAUGAGUGCCUCUGCUACUGGAAUUGUUACUAUGCUAGGACCAACUAGUGCAAACAGUAACAGCAAUGAUACCCCUUGCGCAGAAUCCACCUCGGACCACCACAUAUCUUCCCAAUGGCACAUGUCAUCUCCACACCAAAUACGGAACUUGAGCCCGUCGCUUCCCAACCAAGCAAUAUCGACCAGUUUGGGGCAAUUAAGCCAGCCACUACCCCAAGGUCUGGGUAGUUUUAGUCAGAGCACCAUGCAGCACGGUAUUCACAGUUAUCACCACCAUCAGGCUCCAAAAACCUUCGGUCAUCAACCGUUUUAUGGAUGGUAUUAGAGAAAAGUGAACAAGAGUGUAUUCGGUAUUAGAAACUGUCAUUUGUAUAUACAGGGUGAGUCAUGAGAAACUGUACAUACUCCUACCUCGUAUAGAGGCUCCUAUGGGGAAUAACAAAAGACCAUUAAAAAGUGUCUGCUCCCCUUGUUUAAUAAUAUACGAGGCGAGUUUCGCAUUUUGACAGAAAUUUAUAUUCGUCAUAAUUUUUGAACGGUCAGAUCGAUGUGUCUCUUAUUUUGGUCAAUCGUUACACUAUUACCACCUAAUCAACUGAUUUAUUCAAACUAGAAAAAAUCAGGUCCGGCUUUAAAAAAUUAGUUC